UGGGCCUAGUAACGACAGCCUGUAGAGAAUUUGGAAUGAAAUUGAAUAAAAAGAAGACAAAAACGAUGGUCAUCAGCAAGCGCCAAAACAGAAGGGUGAAGGUCAAUGUCGAUGGAACAGAUCUGGAAAGAGUAGCAAGAACAACGUACCUUGGAAGUUAUCUUGAUGAAACUUGGGACCACUCACUAGAAAUAAGAAUACACCUGGAAAAGGCACGUACAAUGUUUUACAAAAUGCAAAAAGUUCUAUGCAACCGACAGCUGGGCAUCUCAUUGAGAACUAGAAUACUUAAGUGCUAUGUUUUCUCCACCUUGCUCUAUGUUGUUGAAGCCUGGACAAUUACAGAAGUAACACAAAAAAUAAUCCAAGCAUUCCAACUGGUUACCUAACUCUGAAUAUCCUACAUGAGCCAUACGACAAAUGCGGAAGUCUUGCGGAGGAUGAAUAAGGAAAGAGAGCUUAUGCUUAUAAUAAAAGAAGCGGAAAACACAAUAUUUUGGUCACAUCAUAAGAAAUCAAAAGUAUGAAUUGCUCCAACUUAUAAUCGAAGGCAAAGUCAAUAGCAAAAGAGGACCAGGAAGAAGACGCAACUCUUGGCUUAUAAACCUACGGCAAUGGAUGAACAUGACCUCCAUAGAACUAUUUAGGGCUGCUACAAAUAAGAUUAAAUGG